AUGUAUACGGUCAGUACCAUUGUCCAAGAUUCUACGAACCUCUCUGUCUUGCCAAAUUGUGAGCAAAUUUGCACAGCAAUUGAUAAAAAUACUGGAGAAACUUGCGGCGAAACAGAAAGCUUACAGAUUCUCAAUGAGUUCCGUAAAUUGUAUGAAGCUCGUAUUGAAAAAGUCGAUUCAGAAUCAGCUAAUGAAUUCGAUCGUGUAUCGAUGAAAAUGAAAAUUAUGACAGAAUGGAUUAAGGACUUAGGUGAACAGAAUAUUAUGUUAGUUAAUACUGUACAAGAUCUGGAACAAACUGCUAGUGACAGAGUCAAAAUAUUAGAAGAAAAAUUAAAACAGUCGUCUAAAGUUGUUUCGGAUAAAAUUUUGUUAUCAAAUCAAUCAGAGGAGAGAUUAAACGUCCUCUCAAAUCGCAUCAGAGAACUAGAAGACGAUGAGAAGUAUCUCCAUCAAAAAAUUGAUUUUCUAUGGAUUGAUAUCAAAGGAUUAUUAGAAUUGCUUAAAAGAGCUCAACAAAAUAAUUGUUGGAGUCUUGAUGGUAUCAAAUUUUAUUUUAUUAAUCCUAAUGAUAUUCCAACUCCUCUUGAUUGUGUAUGCACUCAACUAAAUAUAGAUAACACUAUAAAUUCAAAGCAAGUUGCAGAACUAGAAGCUGAUGAUAAAAAUAUUGAUAUAGAAGAAACUGUAACAACAUAUGUUUCCGAUGCCCAGUGUCUUAGUAAUGAACAUACACCAAGAUCUCAGCAAGCAAAUCAUAUUACUGUUGGAUCGUCAUCAGUUCCUACAAAUUCUGAUAAUACAAUCUUAAUCGAUGACAUAGUGGAAAGUAAAUAUGUUGAUAAUGGUGUAGAAGUUAAAAAACUUCAAAAACAUUUACAAGAUACCGAGUCAAAUAUAACAAAUAUGACGCAUUUUUACUCUCAGUUAAAAAGAAAAAAUAAAGAGAUUAAGGAAAUAAAAUGUCAAAUGAAUAGUCUGAAAAAGAAUAUUUUCUCUGCACCGAAAGAUGAAAUCGAUGCUGAUACUUAUUUAUUGGAUACAGAUCCUUUAAGUAAUCCAACUAAUUCAUAUCAGCAAAUGAUUAUGUGUUGCUUUUCCAAGACAAAUUUAUUAUUACAAAGAGAAGAAGAACAACUUGAUGAUUUGAAGUCAGAGUUAAAGAAAAUUAUAGUACGCUUAAAUAAGACAAAUGUUGAGACAUGUGAGAAUAAUUUUACAGCUGCUUAUAAAAAGAUACAGAAUAUUACAAAAAUCUUAAACAUUUUAAAAACUUCGAAAGAUGAUAAAUCGCAAACUGAAGAAACCAUACAACAUUCUAUAGCAAAUAUUGAAGUCCAAUUGAAAUGCGUGCACGAUACAUUGCAAAAUGAAGAACAUAGACAUGAUGCAGAUAAAAGUGUGGAUACAUGGAUGCAUGAUACAUCAGACAAAUUAAUAAAGGAUAUUGAAAAUAUUUUCAGAAUAUGUAAAGAAAAAAAAAAAGCGAUUGAGAUUAUGGAAUUUGCUACAAAUAAACAAAAUGAGAUACAAAAUAGAACGAAUAAUUAUAUCACAGAAAUGUCAAAAGAUAUUAUUAAAAAUCCAAUUACUACUCAACAAUUUAAAUUAAUGGAGGAAUAUCGUGUAUGUACUGUUGAAGCUCAAGCAGCAACAGAAGACAUUCGUGAAGAAAUUAGUACUAUUCUUUCUUCAUUCACUGCUCAGCAUCAAAAAUACACUGAACUAAAAGAAAUGGUCAGAGAUACUCAAGAACAAUUAUUGAGAUUGCGAGAAACAGUAUUAAAAACUAUUAAUACAUUGGAAUUACAACAAAUAGAAAGACCAAGGCAUAUUGAACGAAUUACAGUCGAGCAAGGAAAAUUAAAAGAUGUACAAAAUGAAUUUAUUCGUGCCCAAUCUGAAUUAAUUAAUUAUGAUCAAAAUCUACCUGAAUGCAUAGAAAUGUAUACGUGUAAUGAUUUAUUAAACUUUAUGCUUGAUAAAGUUGAUCUUGUAGUUAAUCAUGUUCAAGCUCUUCAAAAUCAGGAUUGUUUUCUUAUGUUAAAUUCAAUAGAAUUGAAAGAACAACUUUGCUGUACAGCAUGUUCCUUUCAAGAUUUGCAGAAACGCAUGAGUACAAUUUUAAUGCAUAAUGAAAUGGAUGAAACAAUUCUUUGUGAAAAAGAAGAAAAAUUAGGAAGACUUGAAGCAGAAAUUGAUAAUGCACAUACAAAGAUGCAAGAUACUUUGGAAACUUUCUGGAAUACGAUAGAACAGGAUGAUUUUAUGAAUCAUUCAGCGGAUUUACAAUGUCAAAAUCAGAACUGUUGCCAAGAUUCGACAGGCAGUAGGACCGCUCCAUUCGCACCAUCAACAGAACAGGCUCUGCUAAUGGGUUUUACACAACGCUGGUGA